AUGAAUGAUGGAGCCCAGAUAUUAUCCCUAGAUCAAAUCAGAAACGUUAUUGGGUUCCCAUCGCUUGACGAUUUAUCAAGCUCGCCGUCUGACAUAGAUAAUGAUAUUCAAAUACUACUCGAUUGGAUACUGCCAAUCAUUCCCGAAAAAAGUCUAGAGUUGUGUUUCCAGAAAGGUGGAGUCCCACAUCCAUCAUCUGCUUCUUUGUCUAACUUUAUGAGUCCCGUUGGCCAGUUGAUAAGGAAAGAAGAAGCUAUCGAUCCUAAAUUUUUGUUGCCCAAGUACUCUGAUCCAUCACAUAGGGUCAAAUUAGCAAUCAAGAGCUGUUUCAAGAACGAAUCCGAUCAAUUGAAAUUUAUUGAUCUCUAUGUCAACUCGGUCAAUACCAAGUUGAAGGCUUUGCCAGUGUCGGUUGCUGCUAACCGCUCGUUUAUAGAGUACAUCAACAUGAUCAAACUCAUGAAGCAUCAUUACGAAACGCAUAUGGAUAAUUUUAAUCUUUCCAAUCGCGUCAAUUUUGCAUUCACGACAAAGUAUAAUGCUAUUCUAACGUCGUUCUUAUUUGACAAUACCAAUUUCCGUGAUGAAUUGAGCAAUUUUUUUGAAAAAUCGUUAUUUUGCAACAGUACGUUUACAACUCCGCUUUCUUCUUCAAUCACGUUGAAUGUUAUUGAUAUUAUAUCAACAUUGGUGUCGGUGAAUUUAUCUGAAUGCUUGAAUGAGAUUCUCACCCUGUUGUCGAUCGAUAAAAUCAAGUCAUAUACAGUUCAAUUAUGUCGUGGAGUAUGGGACAAGCCAUUGUUGGAUGCGAUUGAAUCUUUUAUUCAGAAUGAAAUAUAUCCCAACUUCUCCAUAGUUGUCAGUUACACCACGCUGUCAAACUUAACGGAUACAAUGAAUAAUGUCUACUUGUACGAAUUGAUGAAGAUUGCCCAUAUGGAGUUGAUAUCAUUGCGAAUUAAAGAGAUUUACUCAUUGGUGUUGAACUACCCAUAUAGUAAAAUUGCCCUUACGGAGCUCCAUUCGUGUUUAUUAAAGAAUAAAGUUGAACAGCGUGAUAUUACCAUGAAUUCAACGGGGAUAUUUUCCUACAUGGGAGAUAUUUCAACCCAUGCCCAGGCGGAAAAGAGAUCAAAAUUGGUUGAAAAUUUUGUCCUGUGUUGUUGUGAAAAUCUUCUUCAUGCGGGAGCAAAUACUAUUGACGUAAUCACUGCGUAUACGAAAACCAUCAAGUCGUUUUUACUAAUUGACCCCAAGGGUGUUCUUCUUGAUAAAGUAGUGAGGCCCAUACGUCGAUACUUGAAAACUAGAGAUGAUGUCAUUGUAAAGUUGGUUCAUGGGAUGUUGGACGUUUCCGAGUCCAACAAAUUGAGAGACUUGGCGUUAGAAUUGAAUUCAACGGAAAAGUAUAACACGGCAACCAAUAUAAAGGAUGAUAUUGAAGAUUCAUUGGAUUUGAAUUGGGUACCGGAUCCAAUUGAUGCAUUGCCCGAUUUCAAGAGGGAAAAAGUAAGUGAUACUAUUGAGUCGUUGCUUUCAAUUUUCGAGUCAAAGGAGAUUUUCAUUGAAGAGUUUACCAAGUUGUUUGGCCAUCAGUUGAUACAAUCAAGAAAUUUUAAUGUGAUUGGCAUUGAAGCGAAAUUGAAUUUGCUAAAGUCUCGGUUUGGAAAAGAUAAUUUUACAACUUUGGACAUUAUGCUACGUGAUUUCCAUACCAGUAAGCAUCUAAAUACAAAGGCGUCUCGUGAUGUGGCUAUUUUGUCCCAUUUGUACUGGGAAUGUAUCCUCGAUCAAAUCGAUGACGAAAAGAACUCGUUUCAAUUACCACAACAGAUUGUUCUGGAAUUUGCUGAUUUCCAAAGUUAUUACAGCAAGCACAAACACGGAAGGAAUUUAAAACUUAUCCCUAGUUUGGGUACAGUAAAACUAAGACUAGAUGUCGGUGAACAAAUUCGCGUGUUUGAAGUGAGCACGGACCGAGCAGCAAUUAUUGCAUUGUUUGGCGAAACUGACCACGAGAUUUACAUUGAUGAUAUAGUCAAGUCGUUGCGAAUGCCGUUAUCGAUGGUGAGAGAUGGCUUGUCUUUUUGGAUUAAUGAGGGUGUGGUUUACGAGUUGAGUAAAAAAAAGUAUAUUGCUGUUGAUGUUAUGCAGUCGUCGCAGGGUAAAUAUGCUAAAUCGCAAUUUAGUGAUGUUGAAGUACUUGAGCCCCAUGUGACGCGGAUGUUGCUGAAUAUAACUGCGCUCACUUUUGAGAGAAUGAAGUCGUUGUUGAAGAUGAUGGUUCCUAAAGAUGAAAUUGAUGUAGGCCAAGUGGAUGACUCUUUGUUGAAGUCGUACUUGGAUCAUUUGGCAGACACUGCAGUAUUGAAUAUUAAUGAUGGCAAUUACAGCUUGAAUAAGAGUCACUAG